GAAAAAAGGCUUGCCCCUUGCAAAAGAGGACACGAGAAUGAAUGAUGAUGACUGAAAAAGCCUUACACCAAAACCCACCAGUCCUCGUCACUCUUCUGCUCUUUGAUUCAUCCGCUCUUAUUUUAUUUUUUCCCUUUCUGAAGUAAAAGGUUUCGUUUACUCCUGCUAGCUUCUGGGUUCUGUUUAGAUCUGCGCCAAAUUCAUUUUCCCAUCACCAUUCAAUCUUUCUUCUGUCUGGCUAAAUGCAUCGAAGAAGACCUGUUUUGUGAUGGCAGCAGCUGAAGCUAGAGCUCUGUGGCAGAGAACUGCUAAUCGUUGUUUUGUCCAGGAAGAUGCCAAAAGAGCUCCCAAGUUAGCCUGCUGCCAAUCAUCAGCUACAUCAUCCAAACAGUCUGAUUCUGGCCCCACAGGUGUGGCAGAUGCUUCAGAUCAUCCUGUGGUGGGUAUCAUGCCUCUCAAUUGGAACCCUUCCCAUGCCAAUCUUCCACCUGACACAAAGUGGUGGCUUCAAUCACAACCUUGCUAUGGGUACCAUAAGGGCUUAACGCAUGAUGAGUUAAUUGCAUUCGAGAGUGAAAUAGAAAGAUCAAAAGCUGGCAUUGCAGACCCGUCAUCUAUAGAGAGAAGAGAAAACCCACCACAUAACAUAGAUGCUGCUGGUGUUGACAGAAUAAAGUUCAAUGACUUUCCUCUUGAUGUGCAGUACGUAGCCUCUUCCAUUGAAACAGAUAGAGACAUUGCAGUUAGAAAGCAAGAGUUCAAGUGUUUCUCUAGUAAGACCACCCAAGAAUUUCUUGAAUUAACAGACACAGGGAAGAACUGUGAAUUGGAGAUGGAACCAGUAGAGUUCCCAGUUUCCAAAAACCCCCAUGAAUCCUCCUUUGAUCCAGAAUCUCCCUGGGUUGGGGGUUACAAGACUGAGCCAUGGUGGCGCACAACAGAUAAAGAUGAACUCGCCUCCUUGGUUGCACAGAAGUCCCUAGACCAUAUUGAGAAUUGUGACCUUCCCCCACCCCAGAAGAUGCACUCUAGGAGAUAUCAACAUGCUUCUUCUGAAUGUUUUGAAUGUGAUGAAGCUUCAUCUUUAGAUUGGAAGGCUCAGACUGGUUGCAUCACUAGUCCAAUGGUUAAUGCCUUGGUCUCUCCAGAUUCUUCAGGUUUACAAACAAGACAGAGGGCAUCAGUUGAAGUAGGAAAUGCACAUGCACAGGGUUUUUCUGACAGAUCCUCAAGCACAACCCAGAAGGAUAUUUUGGAAACACAGGUGGUUGGGAUUGAUCCUACCAAGUCUCAGCUAUUAGAAGCACUCUGCCACUCACAAACGCGUGCAAGAGAAGCUGAGAAUGCAGCAAAGCAAGCACAUGCUGAGAAAGAGCAUGUCAUCCAGCUCUUCUUUAGACAAGCCUCACAGCUCUUUGCCUAUAAGCAGUGGCUCCAAAUCCUACAGUUAGAAGCCUUUUACUUCCAUAUCAAGCACAAUGAGCAGCCAAUAUCCACUUUCUUCCCUGCAGUCCUUCCAUGGGUGCCUUACAAAGGUAAGGUAUUGCGGAAGAGCUGCCAAAAGGGUAAACAAAGGAAGCAAGUGCGACCUAGACCGGACAUAACCAAGUACACCGUUGCCUUUGCAUUGGGGUUGAGUCUUGUUGGUGCAGGAUUGCUGCUGGGAUGGACUGUGGGGUGGAUGUUGCCUUUCUAGACUACAAUUUGUGGGUUGAAUGAAACUCCAAGCUGCCGUGAAGAUUCAUUUAUGUUGGAAAUGGUUGAAUUAAAUUCAUUUUCUAUAUGAAUGUGAAAAUUUUAUUCAUCUUUCUACACCCUGUAUCGAAUUUAGCCUGUUGAUAGUUUGUUGUUCUCGGAAGCUGUGUGGUUAGUGUACAAAUGAAUGAUAUGAUGGGGUUUUGUGUAUAUGUAUUUGGUUGAAAAUGUGGUGAGAACAAACCAAUAAUAUCUCAUUGAAUUC